GGAAAAAAAAAUCCCAAGUAACUCUUAAACCCUACAUAGAACCACAUCUCAAACACCGAAGACAUCACCAAAACCUCGGUGUCUGUUUUACCAUUUUUUUCUCUCUUUACUUCUCAAACAAAUGGUAGCUCCACUCCUCCGUUCUCUCUGGUCCACCACCAGAAAACCCUUUUCCCCGCGCGCCACCCUUUUCCCCCGCUUCCUCUCCACCGCCUCCGCAACCUCUGCCACUACAGCACCAAAUCCAUCCUUGGAUCCAAGUAGACUAAGAAAUGUUGCUGUCAUAGCUCAUGUCGAUCAUGGGAAGACAACAUUAAUGGAUCGGUUGCUGAGGCAGUGUGGAGCUGAUAUACCCCAUGAGAGAGCCAUGGAUUCUAUAAGCCUUGAACGUGAGAGAGGAAUCACUAUAGCUUCAAAGGUUACAGCAAUUUCAUGGAAGGAGAAUGAGCUAAACAUGGUCGAUACACCGGGACAUGCUGAUUUUGGUGGAGAGGUUGAGCGGGUUGUUGGGAUGGUUGAAGGAGCAAUUUUAGUUGUAGAUGCGGGUGAAGGUCCACUUGCACAGACAAAAUUUGUUCUUGCUAAAGCCUUGAAGUAUGGUCUACGUCCUAUUCUACUUUUGAACAAAGUAGAUCGACCUGCAGUUUCUGAGGAGAGGUGCAAUGAAGUUGAGAGCUUAGUAUUCGAUCUGUUUGCAAAUCUUGGAGCUACAGAGGAGCAGUUGGAUUUUCCUGUUCUUUAUGCUUCUGCUAAAGAAGGAUGGGCAUCCUCCUCCUUCACCAAAGAUCCUCCCGCUGAUGUGAAGAAUAUGUCAGAAUUGCUUGAUGCCAUCAUAAGACAUGUUCCUCCACCAACAGCUAACCUUGAUGCCCCUUUUCAGAUGCUGGUUUCCAUGAUGGAAAAAGAUUUUUAUCUUGGAAGAAUCUUAACUGGGCGUGUUUUUUCUGGAGUUGUUCGUGUUGGAGACAGAAUUCAUGGACUACGGAGCACAGAUUCUGGGGUUACAAAAAUUGAAGAAGGAAAGGUUACAAAGCUAAUGAAAAAGAAGGGUACAAGCAUGGCUCUGAUUGAUAGCGCUGGAGCUGGUGAUAUAAUAUCAAUGGCUGGGAUGGCUAGUCCAGUAAUAGGCCACACAGUAGCUAAUGUGGAGGUUAUGACUGCAUUGCCAACUGUUGAGCUAGAUCCUCCGACCAUUUCUAUGACUUUUGGUGUCAAUGACUCCCCUCUUGCUGGUCGAGAUGGAACCCAUCUGACUGGAGGGAAAAUCGGUGAUCGGUUAAUGGCUGAAGCUGAAACUAAUCUUGCCAUUAAUGUGCUUCCUGGCAUUGGAGAGUCAUAUGAGGUUCAGGGAAGAGGAGAACUUCAACUUGGGAUCUUGAUUGAGAAUAUGAGACGUGAAGGAUUUGAGCUGUCCGUUUCACCUCCUAGAGUCAUGUAUAAAACUGAGAAUAAGGAGAAGCUUGAACCAAUUGAAGAAGUGACCAUUGAGAUAAAUGAAGAGCAUGUGGGGUUAAUAAUGGAAGCUUUAUCUCAUAGACGAGCUGAGGUUCUCGAUAUGGGUCCUGUUCCUGGGCAUGUUGGCAGGACUAGAUUGUCCUUGACUUGUCCAUCAAGAGGCCUGGUUGGUUACAGAAGUGUGUUCAGCAGUGACACACGUGGAACUGGAUUUAUGCAUCGUGCUUUCCUGACCUAUGCAAAACAUCGGGGCCCACUUGGAAAUGUUAGAAAGGGAGUAUUGGUAUCGAUGGGUUAUGGUGCUAUUACAGCCUAUGCAUUAACGAGUCUAGAACCUCGUGGAAUACUCUUUGUUACUCCUGGGAUGGAGACAUAUGAUGGCAUGAUUGUGGGCGAACAUUCAAGGGAUACAGAUCUUGAUGUCAACCCGGUUAGGGCAAAGGAACUUAGCAACAUGCGUGCUGCUGGCAAGGAUGAGAAUGUGAAACUUUCUCCACCUCGCUUGAUGACGCUUGAAGAAGCCAUUGGUUAUGUAGCUUCCGAUGAGCUUAUUGAGGUCACACCUAAGACCAUCCGGUUGAGAAAAAGAUACCUGGAAGUUAACAAGCGUAAAACCAUGAGUAAAAGGCUGAAGGAGUGAAAUCUAUCGAGUGCACCAGAAGCUGUUACCUGUUGUACUCGUUUUUUUGUCUGCCUCUAUAUAGGUAACUCUAGAAAAUACCAAACUGACAAAUAAUACAGGGGAUCUUGUGUUUUUGGUUUUGAAACAAUAAUGUCUGAUAAAUUCAUCAUAUUGGUAUGUACUGAAGAAUCCGCUGCUACUGCUGUUUCCAAGCUAAAGGUUAAUCUAACGGGGGAGCAUUUUUCGAA